AUGCAGACUGAGGAGGCUGAGCUGAGGUCACGUGACAUAACGGGACUACAUGACAACAUGUCAGGUUGCUAAGUUAGCUAUAAGCUAGCUGUACUUAGCUGACCUAAAGAUGUGGCUACAUGGAAAUCUUUCUUUUUUACGUUCUAGCGACCAAACAACGAAGGCUUCACCGCGAUGAAUGGGCUGAUUUUAAAGUGUGAGGAUCCUCGGACUCAGAGGAUAGAGGACUCGCCCCUGCCAUGGCAGCAGGUGUCAGCAUAGUGAGUGACCUGCCUUUCUCGCUGAGUGGAGCCUGCAGCGUAGAGACCAGCACAGAGAUGGAGACAGCCAAUGCCAGGAUCCCUACAGCAAAGUACACCAAGAUGGGGGAGACCCUGAGGCAUGUCAUCCCGGGUCACAUGCAGUGCUCCAUGGCCUGUGGAGGGAAAGCCUGUAAAUAUGAGAACCCCUCUCGCUGGAGCGACGAGGAGCAAGCCAUCAAAGGACUCUACUCGUCCUGGAUUACUGACAACUUGCUAGCUAUGGCAAGGCCUUCCACUGAAAUCAUAGAGAAAUAUAAUAUAAUUGAACAAUUUCAAAGGUGUGGCUUGAAGACGGUCAUUAACCUGCAGCGGCCCGGAGAACAUGCCAGCUGUGGAAACUCCCUGGAGCAAGAGAGCGGCUUCACUUACCGACCCGAAAGGUUCAUGGAAGCAAGCAUUUAUUACUACAACUUCGGAUGGAAGGACUAUGGUGUUGCGUCUCUGACUACGAUCCUGGACAUGGUGAAAGUCAUGUCGUUUGCUAUCCAAGAGGGGAAGUUAGCUGUCCACUGCCAUGCCGGUCUUGGAAGAACAGGUGUGUUGUUGGCUUGUUACUUGGUCUUUACGUCCCGGAUGAAUGCUGACCAAGCCAUCCUGUUUGUGAGAGCUAAGAGACCCAACUCCAUCCAGACCAGAGGCCAGCUCCUGUGUGUCAGGGAGUUCGCCCAGUUCCUGGUUCCUCUGAGAAGCGUCUUCUCCUGUGCAGAACCCAAAGCUAGUGCUGUCACCUUGUCCCAGUACCUCACCCGGCAGAGCCACCUGCUGCACGGCUACGAGGCCCGACAGAUGAAGUAUGUGCCAAAGAUUGUCCAGCUGGUGUGCAGGCUCCUCGUGGACAUCGCAGCCAACAGGCAAGUGAUGAUUGAGGAGGAGUGGCUGGAGAUCCCUGACCUCACGGCGGAGGUGGAGAAGACCGUCUCCCAGCAGGCUCUGCAACAGCUCGGGAAGGAGAUGAGAGGGAAGGGGAUUCCUGUCCCACCCUGUUCCUCUCAUCCUCUCAGCCCACCUGCUCUGCAGUCCAGACCUCUUCAAGAUCAACCCAGCGAUAAUGAGCUUGAUCCUCUGUGGCAGGAGCAGAAUGUAGAAAGCCCCCUGAAGUCCUCCCUGUGUGAAAAGAAGAUUCUCAGUUACAGCGAUUCGGUCCUUUUCAGACCUGAACCCCAGCAGUACCAUUUAGAAAACCUGAAGAGCUACAAACCAAUCAGCUGCCUGAACAAACACUCCUUCUCUCACAGCAGCCUUACAGCUUGUAACACCCGCAGAGCUUGUGACCUCUCUUCUCAGGACAUCAUCAGCAUCAUUCAGGUCCCCAACCCAGAAGCAAAGCAAAACCCGGGAUCGCCCUCUUCAAGAAAGAAGCUUCACAAGUGGCAUCAAAGCUUGUCUUUGGAUCUGUCGGAGCAGAGGAGAAAGUCCCACUGUUACGUCACACUUGCAGCCUUAUCAACCAAAAGCAAAGCGGCCUCUGGUGAUGUGAAGCCGGAUGUUGAGGUGGCAGCGGAUGGAGCAGCUGGAGAGAAUGAUGCAGAAGUUCCCUUCAUCCAACUGCAGUCUGAGCUCUCUACAGAGAGCAGACGUCUGCUGGUGGCCAGAGCUCUGGCUGUGGACUUGACCGACGAUGAGCUAACCUCCAAGGUGUCACAGUGGCAGACAGAGCUGAACACCAGAGAGGGAGCAUGGGAGAGGCUGUGCAUUGAGAGAGAUCCUCUGGUCCUGUCCUGCCUCAUGUGGUCCUGGCUGGAGCAGCUCAAGGAUCCGGUCAUCAGCAGUGAGGAUAUAAAAGCCCUCAGUGAGAAGGGUGUGAACCCAGAGAACGCCCUCGACUCUCUGGAAAAGGGACACAGACUCACUCUGCUGUGCAUACUUGACUCUGCUGCUCAUUUACUGCCGAUGCCUAAAGAAGUGGAGACGAGUUUCCUCCACCAGACGAUAAGAGUGUUUACUAAGAUUGACCCCGCCUCAGAGAAGAACAAGUCUGUGUACACAACACUGAAAGAAAUCCUGACUCCCAUUCUUCACGAGCUGUGUGACAAAGCUGUGGAGGAGAACGAAGACUCCUGAUAGAUUCAUCGGGACCGGUCUGACACGAGGAAGACUCACAAAUACGGUUCUACUCUUUAUUAUUGGGCAUUACUGAGUUCUGAACCAGUUUCUUGCAUUAGAUACUGCUGAGAUUUGCCAAUCAAUAGUCUGGAGGUGUUUGAGGACUAUGUUGUUUGUAAAGCAUUUUAUUUAUCUUAAGACUCUUAAAGACUUUAAGCACUGCCAUCCUCUUUGUUUAUGUGCCACUCAUUGUUCUGUCACUGUUCCACUGUUUCCUUUUGAAGGAUGUUGCUUUUAUUAUCUAAAUGUUGUAAAAAAUGACUGAGAAACUCUCUCAUGAAGUUAAUGUUAUUUAAACGUGUGCUGCAGCUGUCAAAGCUGGUAGGAAGAGUUGUGUCUAUUGAAACCAAAAGAUGCUUUUACACUGUGGAGAUGCUACAACGUGUCUUAUUUAUUCUGAUUUCUUUUCUAAAACGGAGCGUUCGGUUCAACCCGUUGACAAGUUGCAAAGGUGUGUUGUUCUUGUAGAAUGUUGUUUUCUUACUAACAAAUGCAAACUGUGGCUCUUUUAAUGGCAAUGCAAAUUUGACAGGCCACAGCGCAUUUGCUUUUCCAAUCAAUCUUAUCUCCCUAAUACUGUGCUCACCAAAAACCUCUCACUGUGUUGCUCUGUUCUUCAUGCAUUUGCAAAACAUCGAUCUGCCUCCGCUGCUGCGUUAAGCAAAAUUCUGUCUGCCUCAACUCGAACGGCCUCUGUCCUGAUUCAUGCUGCCAUGUGUGUUGUAACUCCCGUGUGUGUGUGUGUGCGAGUGUGUGUAGCUGUAGAGAUGAGUGGAUGACCAACCGUCACCUCAUACUUGUCUCACAUAUGGACAUUGUGUUGUUUAGAUGUACUGUCACAUGCUGAAUGUGAAACUCUAUUGAUGAUUAUAUGACGGACAUAUUACAUUGUACUGUGGGGAUUUUCAACAAGCUCUAUUUUUUCAUUGUUACAACAGCCUUCUUCUCGUAGAAUUAAAAACAACUUACUGCAAGCUAA